AUGUCAGCGGCAAAACCUUUUUUAAACCCAAACAAGUCGUUACCUUCUCCAUUAACGCUCUAUCGACAAAUUUUACGCACGCAUCGCCAUCUACCAGCCGCACAUCGAGCUUUAGGAGAUGCAUAUGUGAAAGCGGAAUUCAAAAGACACAAGGACAUUGAUAACCCGGUGCAUAUUGUGGGAUUUAUUGGACAAUGGCAAGUUUAUUUAGAGGACUUGAAGGAACAAGUGUGUGGGCAAAAAAAGGAUAAAAUAGAUAGGAUAAUACCUAAAAUAGGGAAAAAAUUAGAUUCGGAUAGUCUGGAGAAAUUUAAUGAACAACAAAUUGGACAAUUGUACGAAUUAAUGAACGAAGCAAAGAACAUUGGUGUGCAAAGUAAUGAUGAUACCAGUCAAAAGACUAGCAUUUGA